UGCACUUCAUAAUAUCUCAGCUUUCCCGAGGAUAGCUUAUCCUUGUUCUACUUUCUUAGCCAUGCCGGGAGCUUUCUCAAAUCCCAUCUAUGGAAAACCGGCGGGAAUUCCGACGAGAAUUAGUUCCCGUUCUUGCUGCCGUUCUUUCAAGCCGAGGGCGGUGAUGUUGGCUGAGAAUCAGUCGUAUUGGGAGUCGAUAGAAGCCGACAUCGAAGCCCACCUUAAGAAGGCUUUGCCAGUUCGGGCGCCGGCUUCCGUUUUCGAGCCGCUUAGGUACCUGGCGUUGGCGGCGCCGCGGACCACCGCGCCGGCUUUGUGCGUCGCGGCGUGCGAGUUAGUCGGCUGCGACCGGGACCAAGCCAUGGACGCCGCGUCGGCUAUUCAUCUAAUGCACGCCGCCACCCACGCCCACCGGCACCUCCCGCUUUCCUCGGACGUCCCCGGCCCGAAGCCCGCCGUUCCCCACAAGUUCGGGCCGAACAUCGAGCUCCUCACGGGUGACGCCCUCAUACCGUUCGGGCUGGAGUUACUGGCCCGAUCCAUGGACUACCCGGCCCGACCCAGCCCGGACAAGAUCGCGCGGGUCAUCAUCGAGAUCACGCGCGCAACGGGUUCGCAAGGAGUGCUGGAGGCCCAGUACCGCGAAACGCAGUCCGCCAUGACCGGCGGCGAGAAGGUCACCGGCGCCGGAAAGAAAACGGGUAUGCUUCACGCAUGCGGAGCUGCUUGCGGGGGCAUUAUCGGAGGCGGAAACGAAGAAGAGAUAGAGAGAUUAAGAAACUUCGGGCAUUACGUUGAAUUGAUAAACGGAGUGGGAACGGAGGAGAAGAUGAAGGAAUGGAAGAUUUCGGCCAUGAAAGAGUUGGAAAUGUUGGAAGGUAGAGAGAUUGGGCAAAUUUCCAGUCUACUUGCGCUUCACUUUUGCAGUGUUUAAUCUCAACUUCUAUUAUUUCCGUAAAAAUGAAUGAGCAGAAUUUAAGAGUACAUAUAUUAGAAUUUGUGCAUUAGUAUAUACGCACAAAUUCUAAUGUGGUUCCUAAAUGUGUGGAUCGGAAAUAAAAGAAUAAUUCUACUUAAUUCUCAAA